GGCGGCAGGAAGCAUCGCUGUAGUCUGAUAGCAGUUGCCCAUUUACUGUAUAAUUGUGUCCUCGAGCCCACCUGCCUCAUGUCGUCAAGGCAGAAGUCGUUCUUCGAACAAGAUCAUGGUUCAAAAUCCAAAGCACGAUGGCAGGGCAAUCGCAGUUUUGACAGGAAGCCCUCGAUGAACGAGGCCACCAGCAAGCCUGCUCCCCCUCCGAAACCUCCUAUCCAGCCCUCGACCGAGACAAGGUCCAAAUUGAAAGCUUUCGAGUUUGCCCGCCACCCCGACAAGGAAAACGACACCUCUACCACCGCUCCAGCAUCGCCUGUGAAGCAGCUCGAAGCACCAUCGUCGCCCAUCAAGACUGUACAGGACAGACCUUUACCUUCCACACCGGCUAUGCGCCUGCCUCUUGCUGAUCUUAUUGGAAAUGCCGAGGACGCUUUGCGAAGGCCCACCCCACAAGAAGAAUCGCCUGUUGAAGAGAUCGGUUGGAUAGCAAAUAGCUCGCAUCCGGAUCUGACUCCUCGACAAAGAAGGAGGCGCCCACAGAGUUCGUCGCCUGUCAGCUCGUCGCAGAACGAUGUAGCAGACCUCCCAGACGCCAACCUCCCACUAUCCGCCUUCAAGACUCCGAAAGCCGACCCUGCCGCUGAGCUAUGGACUCGAUAUGCUACUGCGAGGAACCCAGAUGACACUCCGAUCGAAAAACGUAUACCCUCGUUCGCACACCUCAUGAACGACUCGUCGCCUCGAUCCGCCCCUCGAACUCCUGGUGGUAGCGUUGGUGGUUUGAGAAGAUGGGCAAGCUGUGGUCUGGAGUUUCCGUCUUCUCGCGUCAAGCGCCGUCGCGUCAAUGGAAUCUUCCGGGACAACAACAACAAUAAUACCGAUCCUGGAGACCUGUCCGCUGCAAAGCCUCUCUCACGAGUAGGCAUGUUGGUUGAAAAGGUCCAAGAAUCUCUUGCACACAAAGACCUGCCUUCAAGCUCUUCACCUUUGCCGGACAAGGGCGAGUUUCCCAGUGUCCACAUGGCUACAUCGGACCACCAACAAUCACAACCCCGUUCAGCGCGCUCGUCACAGCAGUAUUCCUAUCAGCAUGAAGAUACCGAGUUCGACGACGCCGAUAUCACAUUGGAUGACAUUGCCGACAUACAACCAACUGCAGCCGUCCAGAAUAAUUCCAUGAGCAACACGACGAUAAUGAACACUAUUGAUGAAGAUGACGAUGAAUUCGGCGACGACGAGUUUGGCGACGAUCUCGAUGUCGACGAGAUAGAGAAUGCCGUUUCCUUCUUUGAAAGCAGACCUGGUACCUCCAACGGCCAAUUCACUUCACAACCAAACACCUGCGCGAUCGCGCAAUCUCAUCCACCACUGCCACCAUCAGCACCGCCGCCACAACAACAACAACAACAACAGCCACAGACUUUUGAUCUUACUGGCUUUUCAGACGACGAUGAUGACGACGAGUUUGGGGGUUCCGACCUCGAUGAAGAGCAAUUUGCUCAGGCUGAAAUGGCUGCCACUCAAGCGUUGGAGGCAAGUACAAGUGCUAGCUCUGUACGUAUCUCGAAUCUUCCCAGGGUGUAGAUAGCUAAGUGUCAUCAAGACUACUCAAAAGUCUCGCGCCAUUCAACGAUACUUGGUGAAGCAAGUUAUAGACGGCCAGUAUACCGAUCUUCGUGGUCGUCAACAGCCAGAAAAGGUUUUGUUUGUUGAGGACGAAGUGCAAAAGCGCAACAAAGCCAUCACCUUGAGACAAUCAUGGCUCGAAACCCAUUGCGCACCUGGU